GCCCAUAUUUUGAAAACAGAGACCCAAAUAAAGAAAGCACGCUAUCUAUCUGCAGCAGAGCACCUUAGGAACGGUAAAAUCUUUUGCCGCAAAUGCCUCCGCUUCCUUCUUCGCUGCUGAAUCAGCGCCUCGGUGUUUCGCUAAAACCUUUGUUCCUUUUCACUCACUCGUCUCUCGCACCUAGAAAAUUCCAAAUCCCGCGGCAAUUAAUCUCCGAAAGCCCUAAAACAUUCUCUUCCUUAUCUUCGGUGCAGUCGUCCACAACCGACACUGGCAGCAGGAGCAGCGGAACUGGCGGCGGCAGGUCCGGCGCAUUAUCACCGUCACCAGUUGUGGAGGAGGUUCAUAGAAUCGAUGUGAAUCCACCUAAAGGGACUCGUGACUUCCCCCCUGAAGAUAUGCGACUCCGGAAUUGGCUCUUUAACCAUUUCAGAGAGGUUUCAUGGUUGUUUGGAUUCGAAGAGGUUGAUUAUCCAGUUUUAGAAUCAGAGGCUCUGUUCAUUAGGAAGGCAGGGGAGGAGAUUAGAGAUCAGUUGUAUUGUUUUGAAGACCGGGGAAAUCGUCGUGUUGCAUUGAGGCCUGAGCUCACACCUUCUCUAGCAAGGCUGGUGAUACAGAAAGGAAAAUCUUUAUCCUUCCCAUUGAAGUGGUUUGCUGUUGGACAGUGUUGGAGGUAUGAGAGAAUGACAAGGGGAAGACGACGUGAGCACUAUCAAUGGAAUAUGGAUAUUCUUGGUAUACCUGAAGUUACAGCCGAGGCAGAACUUAUUUCUUCCAUUGUUACUUUCUUCAAGAGAAUUGGAAUCACGGAAGCAGAUGUUGGCUUUAAGGUUUCAAGCCGAAAGGUCUUGCAAGAAGUAUUGAGAUGCUACUCAGUACCUGAAAAUUUGUUUGGCAAGGUUUGCAUCAUCAUAGACAAGAUUGAAAAGAUUCCGAUAGAUGAGAUCAAGAGAGAGUUGAAUGCCACUGGGUUAUUAGAAGAGGCUAUUGAGGAACUAUUGCAAAUCCUUUCCAUAAAGUCGUUGACAGAGUUGGAAGAGAUACUUGGAGGUGCUGGGGAAGCUAUAGCUGACUUGAAACAAUUGUUUUCACUUGCUGAGAAGUUUGGUUACUCCGAGUGGAUUCAGUUUGAUGCAUCUGUUGUUCGUGGCCUUGCCUACUACACCGGUAUUGUGUUUGAGGGUUUUGAUAGAGAGGGAAAGCUGAGAGCUAUUUGUGGUGGUGGCCGAUAUGAUCGAUUACUUUCUACUUUUGGUGGGGAUGAUGUUCCAGCUUGUGGCUUUGGGUUUGGUGAUGCUGUCAUCAUGGAAUUGCUCAAGGAAAAAGGACUCCUACCAGAGCUCAGCCUUGAAGUAGACAACAUCGUUUGUGCUCUGGAUAAGGAUCUUGAAGGAGUAGCUGCUACAGUUGCUACGAAACUCAGGGAAAAAGGCCAGAGUGUUGACUUAGUCUUGGAGAGCAAACCACUUAAAUGGGUGUUCAAACGAGCUGCACGGACAAAUGCACAAAGACUAAUAUUGGUAGGAAAUACUGAGUGGCAGAAGGGUAUGGUAGUUGUGAAAAUCCUUUCUUCUGGUGAACAAUACGAGAUCAAGUUGGAUGAAUUAGAGUGAAAAGUAUGACUUAUUUAGCGGUACUUUAUGAUGCUCUUGCUUAAUGGAUAUGUCAAUUUUUUUUUCUCCCUUAUGUGCUCCAUAGCCCUGUGUGUAUUUUGAGAUGUUAAUAAAAAUCUAUUUAUUUAGAAAUGGUGAAAUGAGAAGGGGGAGGGGGGUUUGACUAGAUCAAUAAAAUACAAACUUUUGGAAGCAUAGAUUUAGAGUUUAGACAGAAGACAUCCUGACAUGAUUUCCUGAUAGUAUCUUUACAAGGUAACUUACGCAUAUAUUGUAAGGAGGGAGGUCCAUCCACGGUGGAUGGACAUGCAUAUAUUUUUAGAAGGGUGAAACUUAAAAUUUGAUAUGGUAAUAAUUGCAGUUACCUCAGGGGUGCAGACUGCAUUAAGAAUGGUAAUGGUGGCUGGAAUUUAAAUGGCUAUUGGCUUGGUUAGGUAACGGUGGUUGGGAUUACUAUGCGGUAAAAGAAGAAAGUGACCCAAUGUCAGCUUGUUGUGAUUCAUGGCAAACAGAAGACUGACCCACUUUCCAACAUUCAUGUGGGAAAAAGAAAAGUAAGGAGAAGCUUCAGAUUUUCAAGCCUGUCUUGAUUUCUCGUGAAAUAAUGGGGAAUGACCACUUUCAAGUUUCAAUCAUGGUUAGUCUACAGAGUAAAGUACUUUCUUUUUCAGCACUAUAUAUGCUUUUCGUGAAUUUGAAGUUUCCUGCAAAGUUGAAUGAAAUCUUCACUUAUACUUGAGUUGAAUUUAAUCACUGGUUUCACUUGAUCCUUGAGGUCUACGACAGCAAUGCCCAAAACAGAAGAUUUGUCAAAUUCGUAGACAACAAAAAUUAGACAUGGCACAAACAAAUAAUGAAACCCAAUUAUGCUUUUAUUAAGAA